AUCUCGUCAUUUAUUCCUCUGUAGAUAAAUUUCUUGGGAAAUUAUUUUGGGCUCAGUGUUUCUGGGAUUUGUUUGUUUGUUGUUUUUGAGAGAUUUGACCCAUGGGUCAUUCCUUCUUCUUUGUACUUUGCUUGCCAUUCCUUUUUCUGGGUACUUGUUAUUCUUUGUCUAGUGUAGAACAAGAGAGAGAUAGGAUCAAAGAGCUGCCUGGACAACCUGUCAAUGUUGGCUUCUCUCAGUACUCAGGUUAUGUGACUGUAAACCAGCAAGCUGGGAGGGCACUGUUUUACUGGUUGAUUGAGGCACCAGCUAGUCGUGGUCCUGAGUCAAGACCUCUCCUUUUGUGGCUCAAUGGAGGGCCUGGUUGUUCUUCUGUAGGUUAUGGGGCUGCUGAAGAGAUUGGACCUUUCCGUAUUAAUUCUGAUGGAAAGACCCUUUUCUUGAAUCCUUAUGCUUGGAAUAAUUUGGCAAAUGUGCUUUUCCUUGAAUCCCCAGCUGGUGUUGGCUUUUCAUAUUCUAAUACGACAUCGGACUUGUACAAUGCAGGAGAUCAGAGAACAGCUGAAGAUGCCUAUACAUUUCUUAUCAAAUGGUUUGAAAGGUUUCCACAAUACAAGCAUAGAGAUUUCUACAUUGCUGGAGAAAGUUAUGCAGGUCAUUAUGUUCCCCAGUUGUCUCAAAUUGUUUACCAGAUAAACCGGGGAGUUGACAACCCAGUUAUUAAUUUUAAAGGUUUCUUGGUGGGGAAUGCUGUUACAGACGAUUACCAUGAUUAUAUUGGCACGUUUGAAUACUGGUGGACCCAUGGUUUGAUUUCAGAUUCUACCUAUAAACUUCUUCGAUUAGCCUGUGACUUUGGAUCUGCUACGCACCCGUCGAGUGUUUGCAUGAAGGCCCUCAGUAUUGCACAGGCGGAGGAGGGAAACAUCGAUCCAUAUAGCAUUUACACAGGAACUUGCAAUGAUACUUCAUCUCUACAGCGUAACUUAAGGGGUCAUUAUCCAUGGAUGUCCAGAGCAUAUGAUCCUUGCACUGAAAGAUAUUCAGAAGUGUAUUUCAAUCUCCCAGAAGUUCAAAGGGCAUUUCAUGCCAACAUAACCGGGAUUCCUUAUCCGUGGAAAGGAUGUGGAGACAUUGUUGGUAACUACUGGGCAGAUUCUCCAAAAUCUGUGCUUCCUAUCUAUCAAGAACUAAUAUCUGCUGGUCUCAGGAUAUGGGUAUACAGUGGAGAUACCGACUCAGUGGUCCCCCUGACUGCAACACGAUACUCCAUUGAUGCUUUGAAGCUUACAACUAUUACCAAUUGGUACCCAUGGUAUGACAAUGGAAAGGUUGGCGGAUGGAGCCAAGUGUACAAAGGGUUAACCCUCGUAACAGUAACUGGAGCAGGGCACGAGGUUCCCCUUCAUCGCCCUCGACUAGCUUAUAUUCUGUUCAGAUCAUUCUUGGAGAACAAGCCAAUGCCAAGGUGAACCUUCUUGGUCCAAUUUGUCUGAUCCACAACAUAUAUGCAAAAGUAGAUACACAUCGAUUUAUUGGAUGCUGAAAAAGAAAGAAAUAAGAGGAGAGCGCCCUCCGAGCAACCCCCCAUUCUUGCCAGAUAUAAUGGCACCUUUUUAGUUUUAGUUUGCCAUUGAUGAUUGCCAGGAGAUUGUCUGUGAAAUGACAAUUGCAGGAAGCUCUGGAGCUUGGUCUGCAAUUGAUUUUUUUUUUUUUUUGU